AUGAAACCUAGAAAUUACUCAUUCAAAUAAGAAACAACUCAAUCUGAGUUUGCUAAUCUUAUGACUAAAUAACAAAUUCAAAAUAGAUUUACACAAAUAUCAAAAUAACCAUUGACUAGAUCAACAUCAAGAACACAUUCUCUUUAUGUUAAAUAAACUUAAAUUCAAAAUAUGUGUACUAUAUUUGAAAAAUUAAUAAAUAAAUCAAAUUAAGGUAAACCUUUAAAAUAGAAGUAUCAGAAUAUUUGUUCAGAUUUUGGAAUUGAUUUUAAUAUUUUAUAAUAAUUUACAAAACUUGAAGAAAAACAAAAUUACAUCAUUAGAUGUACUGUUGAUGAAAUCUCAAACUAAUUUGAUAGUAUUUAAUUAAUUAAUUAGGAAUUAUCUAAAAAUAUGAUUCUACUAAAAGUAAUAUAUAAAAUAUUGAUGAUAAACUAGAUUUAUAUGGAUGGUUAAAGGUUAAAUCAUAAUAUAAAGCAAUUUUAAAAAGACUUAAAUUUGCCUUGGUAUAAAUGAUACAAAAUUCUCCUAGGGUUUUUUUUGAGAAAUAAUGUAAAAAUGAUAACUCAGAAUUAAAUAAUAUCAAUUAAUAAACUAAAUUUAAUCUUAAAAAUUUUGAUAUCUAAUAACCUGAUGUAUAUUUUGAGUGGAAUAAAGCAGUAGAAGCAUAAUUCAUAUCAAUGAAUAAAAAUUAUAUUUAAAAAGGAUAUGAAACGAUGAAAAAGUAAUUAGCAAAUGGAACACAAACCAGUAAAAGAGGAAUAAUACUUGAUAAAUGCGAGUAAACUGGAAAUUAUAUAACAAAAGAAGAAUUAUAAUACAUUGCAUCUACAAGUUUUUUAAUAAAUAAAAAUGUUGACAAAGAAUUUAUAUAAAGAGCAAUCAAUUCAUUAUAGAAUGAAGUAUAUUUAUAAAAAAAUAUUGAAUAGAUAAAAUAGUAAAUUGAGUUAAAUAUUUCAGAAUAGAUUUUAGAAGAUUAUUAUACUUUAAAAGAAAAUUAAAUGAAAAAAAGAUAACAAUAUUUUGAAGAGUAGAAUGUCAUUAAGAGAAAAUAAAUUGGUAAUUAAUUAUUUGAUACAUAGCUGAUAAGACCAUAAAUUAUAAAAAAAAAUAAUAUUUAUCCAAAGAUUCUCUUUAAAUGAAAGUUGUAAAAUCUAAAUUUGUAUAAUAUUUAAUAUAAGCAUAAAAAAAAAAAUUUAUAAAAGAAGCAAUAGAAAUCAAGAAAUAAUCAAUUUUAAGAAGAUUAUAAAAAUCAGGAAAUCCUUUAGCAAACAUUUAUGUUUAAAAGUUUAAAGAAAUAAUGUAAAAUGUUGUUAAAAGAUAUAGAUAAGUAAUUAUUAUAAUGAAAUAAGAAAAAAGGGAAUUAAAUAGUUUCAUAAUAAAAUUUCUUUGAAAGAAAUGCAUAAAAAUAAAUGAUUAAACCAUUAUUUAUAAAAGAUGGUGAAGAAAUGCCAUUAGAAUAAGUUAAACACAAAUUUCAUCCUCCAUCUAAAUUAUUGAUAUCAGCAUAAGAAGAUAAAUAAAAUCAAAUUUAGAAAGAGAAAUUAAUAAAGUAAAGUCAAAAUUUCAGAUUAGCUAUAAGAAAUUAUAAUAUAUAGAAAAGUGAAUUUCUAUAAUUUUAUAGUGGAGGACCAUAAUCUCGCAGAAGAUUUUAAAGCUAAUAAUUAAAAUUUAUGAAUUAAAUAGAAUCAAAAGAAUUACCUAUUUAAUAAGGUUGGGUAUCAGAAGAGAUAGAAAUACAAGCAGCUAAUAAAAUUAAAAUGGCAAUAAAAAGAUAUUUGUAUAAAAAGAAAGUAUCCAAUAUACUUGGAUAAAAAGCAGUAUUAAAAAAUAGAGAUAUUGAAAUUAAAAUAUAAAAAUGUUUGAAAGCUAAAAGAUUUUUUGAAGAGUUAUCUCAUGAAUUAAGUAAAAGAUAGACUGAAAAAUUAAAAGAUCUUUCAGUAUUUUCUCCUCCUAAAUUACCUCUAGAUUAAAUUCAAAAGUCCAUAUUUAUUCCAUAUUCUACACCAUCUUCUCCAUAAACUCAAAGAUUAAGUUAAUAAAAAACUUUAGAUAUAUCUUUAGCAAGUAGUAGAAUUGUUAAAUAAGUAAAUGAAUUGUAAUUUAUAGAGCUUACAUUAAAAAUAAGAACUUAAGAAUGAAAGUUUAAAAUAAUCUUUAAUUAAUAAAGUUACUAAAAUUAGAAUUAGUGGAGAAACAAAAAUAAAAAGUAGAAAGUUGAUAUAAGCAGCAAAAAUGAAAAGUGUUACAAUUGCUGAAUCAGCAGGAUUUAUAUAUGUUAAGGCUGAUACACAAUAAUAUGACUAAUAUGGAAAUACUCCUUUAUAUUAUAGUGCUAAAUUUGGUGAUAUUCAUAUGACUAAGCUAUUAUUAAAAGCAGGAGCAGAUGUUAAUUAAAAAUGUUCAAAUGAUAAUACUCCACUUCAUAUGGCAUUCUAAUCAGGUAAUAAAUAAAUAAUAAUUGAUUUUCUAAAUAAAGGGGGUGAUUUAAAUUUAAUAAAUAAAGACAAUUGCACUCCUCUGGCAUUUGGAAGUUUAGAUUUACUUAAGUAAUUAAAUCUAUAGGAUUAUAUAGCAACUGUAUAAUUUAAAUAUUAAUAUAUAGAUAAAUCCUAAUCUUUAGAGAAGAACAGACAAUUAAUAAUUGCUUCAUUAAAAGAUCAUUUCUUAAAAUUAUUAGAUUGAUGAUGAACUACUACUUGAAUUAAAAAUGAGAAUUUGA